AUGGAUACGAGGAAGCACCUGUGUUCCCUGGCCCGUAUGGUGCUGCCUGCCCUUGGCUUUGUCCUCAUCUGUGUGGGGACCUACCUGAUGUCCCUCCACAAUGCCUACAACAGCUCCCUGCGUUACAUCCUGGCCUACGUCCUCAUUGCCUGUGGCUUAUGGUGCCUCCUCACCGGGGUCUUCUGGACCAUCUGCCAUGGCAUGAAGAGGAAGAGGCAGCACCAGAGGAGCAGGCGCCACCACACCGCUGCACACAUCCAUGUCUACACUGUUGACAGACCCAGCUUCCACCUUCCUUCAUAUGAGGAGUCUCAGCAGAACCACACCUCUGCUACUGCAGGUGCAGCUUACUCUGUGCUGGGGCUCUCUGAAGAUGGCCUGAGGUUCAACCUGGCCCCCCCUCUGUACACCCAGGACAUCUCUAUGGCCCCAGAUGACACCUUCAACCAUGAAGAUCCACCUGCUUACUCUGAGAUGGCCAUGCAGACACACAGGGAGCCACAGGGGCUUCCACAGCAACCAGAACAUUCCCGCUUGGACAGAGUUCCAUGUCCUGAGCUGGACGGUCGAUAG